AUGGUGUCUUUUGACCGCCCCCCCGUGCUGUAUGGCGACAAGCUGACCGCCGCGAGCCACCCACGCCUCGCUACCAAGCUCAUACCGUACGAUCAGCUCAAGCAGACGCUGCGUCGGUUGGAUCCGGACAGCGACAGCCAUUCGGCGAUAGAGGGCAUCUUCCUCACACAGCUGCUCUCGGCGAUCAACCAGGCGUGCGGCUAUCCUCUAUGCCCCAAGGCUCCAGCGUUCCAUCCCACAGAGGCGGCGAAAGCGAGGAGAGCCGCGAUGCCCCUUGUGAACAACCUUAUGAAGAGCAUGGAGGCGGAGCUGUGCACCCGGCUGGAGGCGCUCACCGCCCUGCUGCACGAGCCGCGCCGGUGGGUGUGCGGCCGGGUCGAGGCGUUUGGGACUGUCUCGCUGGGGACGCUGCUGCCGCUGCUGCAGGGGGUGGCAAGGGACAAGCUCGAGGCCGUGGGCGCGUUCGUGCGCUUGUGCGAGGAGGUGGACGCGCUGCGCACCUACGCGUUGCUCAACCUGCUCGCCGCGACAAAGCUCGUGCAAAAGCACGACCGCCACUCGCCAAUCUUGAUCGGUGACUCUGUGAUGAGCUUUAUCGGCUCGCUCUCCAUCUGCCAGUCGCGCCUCCUCGCCGCCUCCCUUGCGCAAGCCGAAGGCGUCGCCGCGGACGUCGUCUGCGCUGCUGUCGGAGCCACUGCCGUCGAGUCCUCGGGCCCGGAGUGUAGUAGUUGCAUGGGCAAGCUGAGUUUGCCGGUCGUGCUCUCUUGCGCCCAUCGUUUCUGCUACAGCUGCCUCUCGCGCGCCCGGCUCAACAAGUGCCCGCUCUGCAGCCAGGAGACCGAGCUGGACCCUGCCAGCUUCCGCAUCGAGCCGGUCUUGGCGCGCUUUGUCGACGCGAACGCCACCGGCGGCGACCGGUCACUCUUUGGGAAGCUGCUGCGGAAACGAUGCUGCACGCCGCCGGCCAUGCAAAGCAGCAGCUCGCACCAAGGCGCCCCGGCCGCCGAGCCGAAUCAGUGCGACGGCCUGAGCACAACAGCCCGGACGGCCGAGGCCGAUGGGGCGGCGGGUGGGGAGGACGCCUUCGCGUGGGCGGAGGCGUCUCACGUGCUCGGCUCGUCGCGCGGCGAUCUGCCGAGAAGACACCUCACGCCGCGAGAGUCGUGA